CCACCAUCACUACCACCAUCAUCAGCACCACCACCAUCACCACCACCACCAUCAUCACCAUUCACCUCCCGUUCUUUGCCUCAAUAGGAACUUAAGCGGAAGCCGAAGUCAGCGUGUUGUGAAAGCAAAACACGAAGAAGAAGAGGAAGAAGAAGACGAAAAUAUGUUACUAAAAAGACAGUGAAUAAAAUGAACCGAGAAAUGAACAGUGAAAGUGACUAAACAAACAAACAAACGAACGAACGAACGGAAAAGGUGUAGACAGGUGUGUGAGAGGUGCUCCGUGACGUCACUCCCCCGCGGGCCAAUCAGCGUCGAGCGUUUGUGCGUCAUUGCGUCGUGGACCAACCCGUGGCGUGGGCGGCGGUGGUGGUGGUCACGCGCGCGCCCGGCUGUUCCUUCCCCCCGGCCCGCAGCCUAGUAUGAUGUCCAGCAGACGGCAGGUAGCAGGUUGGGGCCGCCUUCUUCCUCUUCUCCUGCUCCUCGCCUCGCACGCCGUGAGCUUCUCCCCAAUGUUCACCGCCCCCGUGGCUAACGUGACUGUAGCCCGGGGGAGAGACGCCAAGUUCACCUGCCUCGUCAAACACCUGGGCGGCUACCGGGUCGGGUGGGUUAAGGCAGACACGAAGGCGAUCCAGGCUAUCCACACCCACGUCAUCACGCAUAACCCGCGCGUCCACGUGAGCUUCGAUGACCACUCCACCUGGCACCUCCUCAUCAAGCAGGUCACCGAAGAGGACAAAGGGCCGUACAUGUGCCAGAUCAACACCGACCCCAUGAUUAGCCAGAUGGGGUUCCUGGAGGUCCUGCGCCCCCCAGAGAUUGACGACGCCCUCAGCUCCGGGGACGUGGUGGCGACGGAGGGGGAGCGCGCGGCCCUGCGUUGCGUGGCGAGGGGUCACCCGCCCCCCACCAUCACCUGGGUUCGGGAGGACUCCAACGCCUUCAUGGUCAACAAUGGCAUCAUCACCAAGGCGGUGGAGUCCUGGGAAGGCGAGGUGCUGGAGCUGACGCGCGUUUCCAGGGAUGAUAUGGGCGCCUACCUCUGCAUCGCCAGGAACUCCGUGCCGCCCCAGGUGUCCAAGAGGGUGUUGCUGCAUGUCCAUUUCCACCCCAUCAUCCACGUGCCCAACCAGCUGAUCGGCUCCCCGUAUGGCAAGGACGUGACCCUGGAGUGCAAGGUGGAGGCCUCGCCUAAGCCCGUCACCUUCUGGCAAAACAGUCAAGAGGAGAUGUUGAUGUCCUCGCCGAAGUACAACGUCACGGAGGAACAUCAGCGGCCCGGAGGUUACGCGGUCCACAUGAGGCUCGUAAUUCACAACCUGACAGCGCCUGACAUCGGACACUACACCUGCGUGGCAAAGAACUCCAUCGGCGAGGUGGACUCUUCCAUCAACGUGUACUACAUCGCCCCCCCCACCACCACACCGCCACCUCCACGCCUCGUCCCAAGCUACAUCGAGACCAACAGAGUGGAGGACGAGGACGAGGCUGGUCGAUUGUCCUCCCCCGGCCUCGACCAGGGAUCGCUAGACAUCUCCGAGAAGGACCUGUUUAGAAGCGACUUGACGGAGGGGUCGGCGAGUGGUCCCUGGCUCACCCACCCCCACCACUACAGCCCCGGCCCCCUCCCCCCCACGUCAGGAGCUACUGGUGGGGGGAGUAACUGGUUGUCGGAGGGGAAGGAGUAUGAUGUCUCGUCUGGGGCCUCGUCUGCGUCCUCGUCGGCGUUGGAUUUCUUGUUGGUUAGGGGUUGGAGGGGGUGGGGGGGUGUGGGGGUGGGGGUGGCGAGGGGGUGUGUGGUGGUGGUGUGUUUCCUGGUGGUGGUGGUGAUGGGUGGUGGUGGUAGUGGUGGUGGUGGUAGUGAUGGUGUUUGGGGCUAAGUUAGUGAGGGUGUUUUUUUUUUCUCGUUUUUUUUGUUUUUCGUGUUUUUUUUGUUUGUUUUAUUUGUUUUUCUCUGUUUUUCUUCUGUUUUCUGAUUGUUUUCUUUGUUUUUCUUGUUUUCUGAUUGUUUUUCUCUGUUUUUCUUCUGUUUUUCUCUUUGUUUUCUCUGUUUUUUUCCUGUUUUCUCUUUGUCUCAUCUGUUUUUUAUCUGUUUUCUCUUUGCUUUCUCUGUUUCUGUCUCGCUCUUUCUUUUCCUCUCUUUCUCCCUCUAUCUAUCUAUCUAUCUAUCUAUCUCAACACCAACACACAACACCACCCCUUCCACCACCACUACUACAAUCACUACCUCUACCACUACCUCUUCCCCUCUUCCCCUCCCUCACUACGCUAUCCAGUUCUUUCGUCUCGGGUUCUGUUCAGCGUUCUUGGGUUCUGUUCAGGCUAUAGAUGGCCCUCGCGUGCGUCUCCAUGGCAAGGGCGACGCUCCACCAUUUACUUGGAGAGAAGAAAGCAAAAGAUUAAAAAUUAUGAAAAUGGGAGAGGAAAAGAAUGGAUGAAUAGGAAGAGAAAGGAAAGAAAGAGGAAAAGAGGGAAGGAGAAUGGAAAGGAAAACGGGGAAACUGGAGAGUGGGAUGGGAAGGUUUGACGUAAAAGGAAAAAGGGAAGAUUGUUGAGUGAAGAGAAAAGAAGGAAUAGGAUGAAGAAGAGGAAAGGAAGGAUGGAGAUUAGAAGAAGAAGAAUGGAAGAGAGGGAGAUAAAACGAGGAAGGGAGAUAAAGAAGAAGAAUGGAAGAAAGGGAGAUUAGAAGAAGAAGAAUGGAAGAGAGGGAGAUAAAACGAGGAAGGGAGAUGAAGAAGAAGAAUGGAAGAAAGGGAGAUAAAACGAGGAAGGGAGAUGAAGAAGAAGAAGAAUGGAAGAUAGGGAGAUAAAACAAGGAAGGGAGAUGAAGAAGAAGAAGAAUGGAAGAAAGGGAGAUUAGGCGAGAAAGGGAGAUGAAGAAGAAGAAUGGAAGAAAGGGAGAUAAGACAAGGAAGGGAGAUGAAGAAGAAGAAUGGAAGAAAGGGAGAUAAAACAAGGAAGGGAGAUGAAGAAGAAGAAUGGAAGAUAGGGAGAUAAGACAAGGAAGGGAGAUGAAGAAGAAUGGAAGAAAGGGAGAUAAGACAAGGAAGGGAGAUGAAGAAGAAGAAUGGAAGAAAGGGAGAUAAAACAAGGAAGGGAGAUGAAGAAGAAGAAAAAUGGAAGAAAGGGAGAUAAAACGAGGAAGGGAGAUGAAGAAGAAGAAGAAGAAUGGAAGAAAGGGAGAUAAAACGAGGAAGGGAGAUGAAGAAGAAGGAUGGAAGAAAUGGAGAUAAAACAAGGAAGGGAGAUGAAGAAGAAGGAUGGAAGAAAGGGAGAUGAAGAAGAAGAAUGGAAGAAAGGGAGAUAAAACGAGGAAGGGAGAUGAAGAAGGAUAGAGGAGAUGAGGAUAAGAAGACAAUGUAGAAAUAGAUGAAAAAGAAUAGUUUCGCAAAAGACAAAAAAAUCCAGAUGAGUUUUAUAAGUGUAGCAAUGAGUAAAAUAUAUUCUUUGUCCGACCACCAGGCACAAUUUUUGGACAUUUGCCUUCGAGAAAAUAACUUGUAUACCAGAAUCCUGAAAUAGAAAAUAAGAUACCGAGCUCACUAGGAAAAAUAGCACCUCUCUGAUAGUUCUCGGGGUGGUCGAAUGUGGCGCUGCUUGUAGAUCCAAUACCGUCUGUUGAGUUCUUUUUUUCUUUUUUUUCCUUUCUGCAAAUUUUCCUUCCCAGUGAUUCGUUCUGUCAAUUUCUGUUGGGAGUUGUUUUGGGGGGUUCUGUUGGGUUCUAUUGCGUUUUGUUGCUUUUUGCGGGUUCUGUCAAGUUCCGGUCGGGUUCUGUUGGAUAGUUUUUGUGUUCUGAGAAGGUUCUGUCGGUUGAUAUGUCGGGUUCUAUCGAUUUUAGUCGGGUUGAUAUCUGGUUCUGUUGGAUAGUUUUUGUGUUCUGAGAGGGUUCUGACGGUUCAUAUGUCGGGUUCUAUCGAUUUUAGUCGGGUUGAUAUCGGGUUCUGCUGGAUUUAUCGGUUUUUCGGGUUCAUUUGAGUAUCUAUCGGGUUCUAUCGGUUUGUGUUGGGUUCUGUCAGGUAGCUUGGGUCUAUGGUAAUCCUUUUUGUUCUCUUCUGUUCUCUUUUAGUAAGGGCUGAGGGAGACUAGAAAACGCGGAGUGAGUCAUUAAGAGGUUUCUCCUUAAUAAUCUUGGUGUUGGAAAUCGAGACCAUCUUGCAGGAGGGAGAAAUUUGCCUCGGUUUCCAUAUUCAGUUUGUUCUCUAUAGUAAGGGUUGAAGGGGAAUAGAAAACGGGGAGUGAGUCAUUGAACGGUUUCUCCCUAAUAAUCUUGGUGUUGGAAAUCGAGACCAUCUUGCAGCAGGGAGAAAUUUGCCUCGGUUUCCAUAUUCAGUUUGUUCUCUAUAGUAAGGGUUGAAGGGGAAUAGAAAACGGGGAGUGAGUCAUUGAGUGGUUUCUCCCUAAUAAUCUUGGUGUUGGAAAUCGAGACCAUCUUGCAGGAGGGAGAAAUUUGCCUCGGUUUCCAUAUUCAGUUUGUUCUCUAUAGUAAGGGUUGAAGGGGAAUAGAAAACGGGGAGUGAGUCAUUAAGAGGUUUCUCCUUAAUAAUCUUGGUGGUGGAAAUCGAGACCAUCUUGCAGGAGGGAGAAAUUUGCCUCGGUUUCCAUAUUCAGUUUGUUCUCUAUAGUAAGGGUUGAAGGGGAAUAGAAAACGGGAUGAGGGAGUGGCUGGUUGGUGUCCGUUUGAGGUGAAAACUGGUAGAAAACGAGAGAAUGUGUAGUGCCGGUCUUAGAAAACGAGAAUUUUUGUGUCGUGUGGUAAAAAUGAAAGAGAGAAAGGAGAAAAAAAAGAUGGCAUGAGGGAAGGGAAAUAUGAAAAGAAGAAUGAAGUUGGGAAGAGAGAAAAAAGAGAUAGAUAGAUAGAAAGAAAGGAGAACAUACAUGGAAUAAGAGAAGGAAAAAUGAAAAUGAGAAACACGAAGCUGGGAAGAGAGAAAAAACAGAAAGAUAGAUAGAAAGUAAGGAGAAUAUACAUGGAAUAAGAGAAGGAAAAAUGAAAAGGAGAAAUACGAAGCUGGGAAGAGAGAAAGAAGAAAGAAGAAGAAAGAAAAAAAUACAUAGAGAAAAGAGGGAAAGAGGGAAUGAAUAAAGAAAUAAUUGUGGAAAGACAGAAUGAAAAAAAUUAA